GUUGACUUCCCCUUUGAACUUCUAGAACGACGUAUCUCGGCUUAUCAAUUGCGUACGAUUGAUUCUGUCGAAGAUGAGUCCUCGUCAUCUGGCAGAGAAGAUAGUUCACCUGAAUCGCCCAACCAGUUCCAGCAGCAACAGCAGCCGGGCGCAUAUGGUCAAUAUUUGGGCGUUAAUGGGCAGGCACAGCAUCAGGGUCGCUCGCGCACUAAGAAGACAAAAGGGCGCAGCAAAUCCUUGCAGCCGCCCACUAAUAUUGUGCCUUGGCGCAAGUCCUCGCGUCCGCACCGUGGACGCUCACUAGACAAGCAGCCAUUCCUGCCGGGCUUCAAGCCAGAGCCGAUCAAGUCGUGGACCGAAGAGACGAUUAGCUUAAAGGCCACGCCCAUUGAGAAAAAGAAGCCGAUACCCAAGCUAGAAGCCGCAAAGGUUGUCCUCAAGUCCAUCAAGUCUGAACGCGAUCAGGGCAUUAUGAGCCUGGGAGCUACUUUGGAGCAGAUUAUCGCUGGCAAGACCGAAAAGGAGGCCGUGCCUUGGAUAACAAUGCGUGAGAAGCUAAAGCAGGUGGAGAGUGUGCAACGACAGUUGAGCAAAUUUGACCUUGAUGAGGUCUAUUUGCGACCAUUAGAGGGUCAAAUCGAAACGGACCAUCAGCUGCCACAGCAAGCCCAACUGGAGGAAAUGCAACGAACCAAGGAAAUUCAACGCCUUAAGAGCAUGGAAAGCGUGGAAAUCAUGGAAAUGACUGACCAGAUUGAUAAGCUCAUCACCCAGCAGCAGAAUAACAAGGAUCUCAUUCCAUGGAAGGAGAUGCGGCAGCAGCUGAAGAGCGUGCAGCGGGUAACCAAGCAAAUUGACAAGUUCAAGAUUGACGAGGUUGAGCUGCGCCAUCUGCAGGCUCAGCAGAGUAUCGCUGAAGAUUUCCAGAGUGCCACUCAGGACACAGUUGUCAUGACCAUCGACGAUAGCUCCAAGAGCUCAAUUUCUAAGAUUAUGACCCGCGAUGAGAUUCAGCACUACGAGGACCAGUCGAAUAUCUACAAGCAGCAGUUCAUAACCACUGAAGACGUUAACAUAAUGCAUGUUUCAGAGCGCGAGAAGCUCGAGGCACAGAGGCUGAUAAGGGAACAGCAAGCUGUCAACUGGAGACAGCAGCAGCAGCGUCCUCAGCUGCAGCCACUAACCUCUGUCGAGGAUACGAUCUCACAGACCAGCGAGCGCCAAAAGAUUGUGCAGCAGCAGAGCCUUAUCGAAGAGAGCCAACGUCAGCAGUUUGUGCAAGUCGAGGACUCUCAGAUGAUGAGCAUUGAGCAGUAUGAGCAUCAGAAGAUGAUCAACCAGCGCACUCAAGGGGAGUCCUUCAACUGGCGUCAGCCACGUGAGCCGCAGAAGUUCAUUCAGGUUGAGGACUCAUCUCUGUUGCAUCUACAAGAGCGACAAGAUACCCAGGAACAACAGCUUAUACAGCCCCAGCCUGGUAUGUGGGAGCGUGGUAAGAAAAAGCCACAGCCUAUGCAACCCCAAGGUCCUAUUCCCCAAGAACAACAGGAACUCGUGGAGAAACCAAAGACAUAUGAGGAAAUGCACGAUGAGCUGAUUGAACCAGUUCCAAUGCAUCAGCCAGAGCCAGUGCCAGUUAUGUGGGAGCGUGGCAAGAAGAAGCCAGUCCAGCCACAACCGAAGACAUUCGAAGAGCUCCAUGACGUGCUGGAUGAACCUGUUCCGGUGCAGCAGCCGGAGCCUGUUCCUGUCAUGUGGGAACGAGGUAAGAAAAAACCAGUUGCUCAAGAAGUUACUGAUACUCAACAAAUCGUGGAAACAUCGCAAGUGGUUGAGCAACAAGUUGUCGAGGAGACUAAGAAAACGGCAGUACGGCGAGUAAUACCGCCGCGUGAGCCAGAGCAAAAGGUAGAGCAAGUGACUCUUAAGCCAACUCCACGACCGGCACCUAAACAAGCUCAAAAGUCUGAAGAAUUCCAAUUGAAACCACUCAAGACUACGCGAACCAUUCAACAAACUGUUCAAGAGUCAGUUCAAACGGCCACCGAAGAAACUCAACACAUUACGGAGGUGGCACAGAUCUCGAAAACACUUGAAGUUGCCGAGGAUACUUUGGAAGAAGUAACCACCAAGACCGUGGAGCCUCAGCCGCAGCCAGUAAUGUGGGAACGCGGCAAGAAGAAACUGCAACAGCCUACAGCUCAAGAGAUACCAAAGUCUCAUGAAGUUGCCGUUGAUACGCUUGAGGAAGAAACAGCUCCAGCUGUUCAGCCAGAGCCACAGCCUGUUAUGUGGGAGCGAGGCAAAAAGAAGCCCCAGCAGCCUAAAGCUCAAGAAAUUCCUAAGACUCAAGAAGUCGCUGUUGAUACUCUUGAGGAAGAAACAGCUCCAACUGUUGAGCCAGAGCCGCAGCCAGUGAUGUGGGAGCGCGGAAAGAAGAAGAAGCCAACUCAAAAAUCGGUGGAGGAGAUUGCUCCCGAGGUACCAACAAAAACAUUUGAGGAGGCAGUCGAUGUUCUGCCUGAGGAGCCUAAGGUUGAGGACAAGCCAGAGCCUGUUUUAUGGCAACGAGGUAAGAAAAAGCCGAAGCCAACCGAGGAGCAGCAUCCAGAUGAAGUCGAUGCCCAAAUCGAAAAGGUUGUUGAGGAGGAGCAACAAGUCGUUGAAGAAAAGCGUAAAAUCAAAAAGGUUAAGAAACCUAAGCUUCCACAGGAGCCAGUUGAGCAGCCUGAAGAAGAGGAGAUAAUUGAAGAGAAAGAAGAUAUCGUUGAAGAGGAGGAAGUAAUAGUGGAAGAAAAGCGUAAGAUAAAGAAAACAAAGAAACCAAAGAAAACUGCAGAAGUAACUGAAGAGCCAGAAGAGCCGGAAGAGCCAACGGAAGACAUUCCAGAAGAGGAAGUUGUCCAAGAGCAGGAAGAAUUGGUUGAGAAAAAGCGUAAAGUGAAAAAGACAAGAAAACCAAAACCAACAGAGGCAGAGCAAGAAGAAGAGGAAGUUGAAGAAGAGAUUCCAGAAACACAACCCGAAGCGGUUCCAGAAACCGAAGAACCUUCAGUUAAGGAGCCUACGAAAAAGAAGCCAGUUCCUAAAGUGCAAGAAGUGGAACAAGUUGAAAAGGUUACGCUUAAGCCCGUUCCCAGAAAACAGCAUCAACUACCUGAGAAAGAACAAGUUGAAGAAGUGACACUCAAGCCACGUGCAAAGACGUCAACUGUUUCCGAAGCACAACAACCCGAAACAACUGAAACUGAAUUUGUUGAGACAGAAAAAAUUGUUACAUUCGAGGACCAAGUAGUGGACGUAACUAAGAAGCGCGUUAAGAAAAAGAAGCCGAAGACAAAGCCUGAGAGUCAGGAAUCUAUCGAAGAGCCAAUUGAAGAACCUGUUGAAGAUAUUGAAGAGCAAGAAGAAGAAGAACCAGUAGAUAUCGAGCCUGUGGAGAAUGUGGCCGAGGAACAAGUUAUUGAGGAAGCACCAAAGGAAAAGGUUACGAGAGUCAAACCCAAAAAGGAAGAAGUUGUUGAAAUGGUUGAAGAAGUUGCUUUGAAACCAGUAACCAGACCAAAGAAACAAUUACCUCAAGAGGCAACAAUAGAAGAGGUACGUCUAAAGCCUACGAAACGCACAACUACCAAGCCUGAGGAAGUUAAGUUGGAAGAAGUCGACUUGCAACAUGUUGAAAAGGUAGAAGAGGAAAUCAUUCAGGAAGAGAAGCGAAAGGUCAAAAAGGUAAAGAAGCCCAAGCAUGAAGAACUUCCUGAAAUUCCAGAUGCCGAGCCAACCAUCUUGGAAGAGGCAGAGCUGAUCGACAUCGAGAAAGAGCCGAAGCCCGAAGAAGAGAAGCCACAAGUCCCUUGGAAGCGUGGUGAGAAGAAGAAGCCAGUUGCGGAGCCUUUAGAGGAAAAGCAAUGGCCAACUGGCAAACGGCGACCUCUGCCCGAAGAACAGCCUGAAGAGGUACAGCUCAAGCCCAUUCCAGCCAAACCUGUGGAAACUCCUGCAGCACCUGAAAAGGCAGUUUCUCCACCCGAGCUACAGCCUGAAGAAAAGGUUGAAAGCGAAGAUGAGAUUUCUGAUUUGGAGCCUCUGAAGCUCCCAGAAGAGAAACAACCCAAAGAAAAGGUUAAAAAGGAAAAGAAGAAGAAACCAAAGUUGAAGAAGGCCACGCCAUCAGUGGAUGAAGUUUCUGAAGAAGUGGCCCAGCCAUUUGCAGAGCCAAUUGCUGAAGAAGAUCAAGUUGAAGAGCUUCCAGUUGAUGAUGUGAAGGUUGUUGCUGUCUCCGAAGAUGUGCAGCCAGAAGAAGAAGUUGUGGUAACUGAGAAAACACCAGAAGCCAAACAAAAGGCACAUAAGAAGCGUACAAAACCACUGAAAGAAGUUUCGGUUGAAGGACAACCACAACUGCUGGAAGCAGCUGUUGCCGAAAUCGAAAAGGCUGAUGAAAUUUCCCAAGAGAUCUCACAAAAGACUAUUACUCUAUUGAAGAAGACUGAAGACACAAGACCUCAAUUCAUAACAACAGAGCAGCUUAUUGAACUCGACGUGGAGGACGUAAGACGCGAUCUGGAAAUGAAAAUCACAUCGAAUAUUAUUAAGAAGGAGAAACGGCGCGUUGUGCUCGAUGACAGCCAGCCUCUGCCCGAAUUGGAGCUAAUCACGCAGAAACGCAUUCAAGAGGGUAUUGACAAAGUGGCCGACGAGGAGCUGAUCGAGGAUCAGCAAUUGACUCAGAACUUGGAGGAAACAACAACGUCUGAAGUAAUUGGCCAGGAGCGCAAGCUAGUCAAAAAGAAGAAGAAGGAAAUCAAGCCACCGCGUAUCACAGAGAAGCUCCGACCACGUCAAUGUGUUCCCGAAGAGCCCACCAUCCUCGAAUGCAAAGUUGAAGGCGUACCAUUCCCAGAAAUCAAUUGGUACUUUAACGACAUGCUAUUGUUUGCAUCGGAAAAGUAUGAAAUCACCGUCGUGGAACAGGUGGCGAAGCUGAAAAUCGCGAAGGUCACGCCCAGUGAUGUGGGAGUUUACACCUGUGAGGCGAAGAACGAAGCCGGCGUGGCAACAAGUCGUACCAACAUAAUUUUAGAAAAAGAACAAGGAGUCGCGCCACAAUUUACGAAACCACUAAAGAUCGAGUUUACAGAGGAAAAGCAGCCCGAGCGGCUUAAGGUAACUGUAACGUGUCAGGUGACUGGCAAACCCAAGCCUCAAGUUAAGUGGUAUCGUGGUAUUGAGGAGGUGAUACCCAGCGAAGCCUUGCAGAUGUUUUAUGAUCAAGAGACUGGCGAUGUUGUCUUGGAGGUCAUAAAUCCGCCACCAAAUGAAGCCAUUACCUAUUCGGUUCAGGCUCAAAAUCAAUUUGGCCGCGCCAUUGGCAAUGCUAAUAUUAUGAGCCGCGUUGAUGAAGCGCCCAAAGAGAUUCUCAAGCCACCCACAGUUACACCGUUGAGUGCGGUUGUGGUUCCAAAUGGAGGUACUUUACUGUUCGAGGCCAAAUACGAUGGCAUCCCAAGACCAGAGAUCAAAUGGCUGCGCAAUGGCCGUGAGAUUAUCGAAAACGAGGAAACCAUUAUCGAAACCACCGAGACAACGACAACAAUCAAGGUUAUCAAUAUGACUCGUAAACGUACAGGAAAGUAUGAAGUUUGCGCAAAGAAUAAGGUGGGCGAGGCCAAGUCUUCUGGCUCUGUGGUUGUAUCUGAUCAAACACCCGAUAAGCAAAUCAGACCACCCAAAUUCAUUCAGCCACUUGAGCCGAAGUUCUUUGGAGAACAUGAAGUUGCAAUUCUUGAGGUUGUUGUCGAUUCAGAACCGCUCUCAUCCUUCCAAUGGUUUGUUCACAAUGAACCCAUUAAGAGCUCGAAUGAAUGCCGCAUUGUUAGCCAGGCCAACAAGUCAACGCUCUUGAUUGAGGACUUCCAACCGAAGUUCUCCGGACCAUUCACUUGUCGGGCUGAGAACGUUGGCGGCUCGGUCACAUCAACAGCAACAGUUAAUAUGCUGGAGGGCGCACCACAGGAAGAGGCUGUGGAGUUCGAGUCGCCACGCUUCAUUGAGGAAUUGAUUCAUCCCAUAGAUGUAAUGGAUGGUGAACAGCUGCUAUUGACUUGUCGAGUGACGGGCAAGCCUACGCCAAAGGUGGAAUGGUAUCACAAUAAGGAAAAGAUAACAGAAACAAAGGCGACGACACUGUCGCAGGAUGCGCAAGGAAAUUGCCAGCUCCAAAUAACGGAAGUUUUCCCUGAAAAUCAGGGCCAAUAUAAAUGCGUUGCGACAAAUAAGAUUGGCAAAAGCGUCACGAAGACAACUGUUAAUAUUCAAGCAUUUGAAUAUAUCCCCGAUUCUGAAAUCACUGGACUCACAGGAUCUGAGGAGGAUCUACUUGAUAGAACUAUCUCAAUCGACGAACAACCUCCGAAAAUUAUUAAAAAGCUACCUGCAAAAAUCGAACCCAAAGAGGGUGAACAAGCGAAAUUGGAAGUUAAGGUUAUUGGUAAACCAAAACCAAAAGUCAAAUGGCUACGUGACGACGAACAGAUAUUCGCCUCCGAGGAAUAUCAAAUCGAAAAUUUCGAAGAUGGGACCUCAGUGUUGGUCAUCAAUCAUGUAUAUCCCGAUGAUGUGGGCACAAUUAGUUUUGAGGCCUACAAUCCGUUGGGAGUAGCAGUAACAACUGCUCUAUUCGCAGUCGAAGGCAUCGUUGGAUCAAAGGAUUAUCGCAAGCCAGAAUGGGUGACCCACAUGGAAGAGAUGCAAGUCGCUCUCAAAGCUGCUAAAUGCUCGCCAUCGAUACUUAAUGAAAUGCGUGACUGUCGUGCUUCGAUUGGGGAAACAGCGAAGUUCUCCGUACAAUUUGCAGGCAAUCCGCAACCAGAUAUUCAGUGGUAUUUCAACAAUGUUCAACUGAGGGCGUCAGAAAAGUACCGCAUGGUAGUGCAGGAAUCAGAGGCAACACUUGAAAUAUUCAAGAUAACAAACGAUGACUGCGGUUACUACAACUGCAAACUGAUCAAUGAAAUUGGCAUGACAAUGACGCGCGCUAAGUUCGACAUAUCCUCCACAUCUGCAGUGGCAGAGGAGGUGGAGCAAGUGAAGACAAAGACUGUGAAGAAAAAGACGGCCAAAAAGACAUCGAGCACAACGGCCAAGCGAGCCAGUGCAUCUGAAUCUCAGUCGCUCCAUAAAACGGAAAUUAAAAUAGUGCCAUCGAGGGCUGUAGAGACGACUGUGAAUAUUGUGAAGGUAAAACAGGCUGUGCCCAUAUUGGUGGAGCACAGUGAAGUCUCGGAAGUGAUGCAAGUCAAAGAUCGUAAGAUAGCUGAUGCUGAGCAGCGCAGCAGAAUCAUUGAAGAAGUUGCAGAAGAGGCAGAAGAAAUCGAGUCCGAGGAAGAGGUCCUCGUUGAGAAGAAAUACACGUCAAGUAAAACGAUUCAGCUAACUGAAACAGUUGAAUUAAUACGCACAAAAAUCACAAUGAAAACCAUCAAGAUUGAAGACAUCUAUGAGAUAAGCCAGCACGAAGAGGUGCAAUGGCUGCUCGAGUCCGUCGAGGCCGAGUCGUUUGGCAAAAUUGGCGAAGCAGCGCUCAGAGACUUGGCCACCAUUGGUGUGCUCUUGCGCUAUGGCUGCACUCAUUAUGAGAUCACAUACAUGUACGAGCAGAACAUAUUCAUAUCGCUACAGAAGCCCGAAUCGCAGUCAGCUCUCGUUCAGCUCGUGGAGCGUGAAGGGCACGAGGAGCUGAUCACGCAAAUCCUAAGUGAAUCUUCGAACGAAGACGAGACUAUAUUGGCAGCGACAGUUGGCUUCAAAGCGUUCAUACGCAUGAUACAGACGUACGAAAUUACUAUAGAGACGGUGAUACGAAAGUUUCAUAGGGAGGAUUUCAUCUCUCACGAUUGGAAGAUAUGCGCAAAGGAGAGAAUAGUAGAGACAUCCCAAAUAAUUGAAAGUCAUGAGGCUAUAACGCGUGUGAAAAUCGAGGAAACAUUUGUCGAGGAACGCACGAUAGUUGUCGAUGAAGGUUUGAACAUAAACACAGAUGAACUGUAAAGUCCACAAAUAAUACCUACCAGUACUGAUGUAUCCCAAUGAACUACUCAACUACAGUUACUACAUCAAUUUAUGACACAGAAAACAAAAAACAUAUACAAAACAAUAA